AUGGCCCCUGUGCCUGACGCCACAGCUCUCAAGAGCCUCGAAACCCUCAUCCAAACCGCCGGAACCCUCCUGAAGCAGCUCCAAGACGUCCUCGGCGAGAUCCGAAACAACCCAGACGCUCCCUCAGCUCCAGCAACCUCUUCCGCCUCAACAACGCCUCUCGACGCCCUCGCCCUUGCCCGCGACUCAGCAACCCUCAUCAGGGCCCACGCCACCAAAGUCUCUCUGCUCAUAAUCAACGAGCCCUUCACCCCCAGCGCAGUCUCGUCCGUCGUGCGCGAGCUGGUCAAGGGCCCUAUACCCGGUCUUGCGGCGUCCGUCCAAGCAUGUGAUCCGAAUGUCUACACUUGGGCCUUUCGGCGCGAAUUGACGUCAAGAUGCCAGCGCGUGCUAUCAGGACUGGCCGAACUGCUGGCGAAAGUGCCCAAGGACGGUAAAGUCUUGGCAAAAGAGAAGGAAGGGUUCGGCGCUGGGGGAAAAGGCAGCAUCGCAUCGACUGGUCUUCUCUGGUCUGCGUGCGACAGCCUCAUUACUCUUGCCAACGGCGGCGUCAGCGGAUUCUUUGUGCAGAAGAUGAACGAAUGGAAGGAUACUCUCAACGACAUCAUGGAAGAGGUCAAGGAAUGGGGCGAUGAGGAAGCCGACGAAGACGACGAAGACGAAGAUGAUGCUGGCGACGACGACGAGGACGAUCUUGCAGACGCAGUCGCAUCAGCCCACAUCUCCACCCAAAACAUGCUCGACGACCUCAUGAGCUCCCACCAAAGCAUCCCCGCCUCCGACCCAGACGGCAUCCGCCCCCGCCUCGAAUCAUCCCUACGCCGCCUCCGCCUCGUCAUCCUCCUCUACACAGCCAUCACCAAGCGCCGCAUGAAGAAGCUCCCUACCAUCACACCAAGUGAAACCAGCAGCGCGACGACGACGCAGCGACUAAACGAACUUGCGCCGCUGCUGCAGAAACUCCCCGACAGCUUCGGAGACCUAGCCUGUGCUUUUUACGGGCUGCGGCCCAAGGAGAUUGACGACGCCAUGGACCAGUGCUUCCUUGAUUCGUUUGCUGUCAGCGAGUUGCUGAGUGUCAGCUGGGAUGGCUCGCGGGAUGAAUUCACAGAGUGGACAGAAAAGUUUCAAAAGGAGAUUAAAAGGGCAUAA